CAUUCUCUGCAACAUUCCUCCGGGAAUGGUCACCCCCUCUGCUGCCACAGUCCUUCCCGCCCCUGCAUGCCCACUCCCUCCCUCAACUUCCAGUGCCUGAAGACUCUGUCAGGAGAGCUGAGGACCCCAAACAAACUGGCCUUGAGACAUGAGGCUCUUCGCCCUCCUGGCAACCCUGUUCUGUGGGGUGGAGGGCUCCAUCUACCUCCGUCGGAAGCUCUAUGGAGAGGUGACCUCCCCUCUGUAUCCCAAGCCUUACCCCAGUGACUUUGAGACAACCACUGUGAUCACUGUCCCCACGGGGUACAGGGUGAAGCUGGUCUUCCGACAGUUUGAUGUCGAGCCUUCUGAAGGCUGUUUCUACGACUAUGUCAAGAUCUCUGCUGAUAAGAAAACUCUGGGGAGGUUCUGCGGGCAGCUGGAUUCUCCCCAGGGCAACCCCCCAGGAAAUAAGGAAUUCAUGUCCCAGGGGAACAAGAUGCUGCUGACCUUUCACACAGACUUCUCCAACGAGGAGAACGGGACCAUCAUGUUCUACAAGGGCUUCCUGGCCUACUACCAGGCUGUGGACCUUGAUGAAUGUGCAUCCGAGCCCAACUCACUGGAAGAGGGUUUGCAGCCCCAAUGCCAACACCUGUGUCACAACUAUGUUGGAGGCUACUUCUGUUCCUGCCGUCCUGGCUACGAGCUUCAGAAAGAUGGGCAAUCCUGCCAGGCUGAGUGCAGCAGUGAGCUCUACACGGAGCCCUCGGGCUAUGUCUCCAGCCUUGAAUACCCUCAGCCCUAUCCGCCCGAUCUACGCUGCAACUACAGCAUCCGGGUAGAGAGGGGCCUCACUGUGCACCUCAAGUUCCUGGAUCCUUUUGAAAUUGAUGACCAUCAGCAAGUACACUGCCCCUAUGACCAGCUCCAGAUCUAUGCCAACGGGAAGAAUUUGGGUGAAUUCUGUGGAAAGCAAAGGCCUCCAGACCUUGACACCAGCAGCAACGAAGUGGACCUGCUGUUCUUCACCGAUGAGUCAGGGGACAGCAGAGGCUGGAAGCUGCACUACACCACUGAGAUCAUCAAGUGCCCCCAACCCAAGGCCCUGGAUGAGUUCACCAUCAUCCAGGAUCUGCAGCCUCAGUACCAGUUCCGGGAUUACUUCAUUGUCACCUGCAAACAAGGCUACCAGCUUAUGGAGGGAAAUCAGGCGCUGCUCUCCUUCACAGCUGUUUGCCGGCAUGACGGCACAUGGCAUCGGGCCAUGCCCAGGUGCAAGAUCAAGGACUGUGGGCAGCCACGAAGCCUGUCUAAUGGGAACUUCCGCUACCUCACCACAAAAGACAUGAACACCUAUGAAGCCCGUGUCCAGUAUUACUGCCAUGAACCCUAUUACAAGAUGAUGACCAGAGCUGGCAGCAGCGAGUCUGCACGAGGGAUAUAUACCUGCACAGCCCAAGGCAUUUGGAAGAACGAAGAGGAAGGAGAGAAAAUGCCCCGGUGUCUGCCAGUAUGUGGGAAGCCUGACCACCCUGUGACAGAGAAGCAGCGCAUCAUCGGAGGGCAGAAAGCCAAUCCCGGCAACUUCCCCUGGCAGGCUUUCACCUACAUCCACGGGCGAGGGGGCGGGGCCCUGCUUGGGGACCGCUGGAUCCUCACAGCAGCGCACACCAUCUACCCCAAGGAACACAACAAAGGAACCGACGACCUCACCAACGACAGAAUACAUGUUUUCCUGGGUCACACAAACGUGGAACAGAUCGAAGAACUGGGGCAUCACCCAGUCCGUAGGGUCAUCAUACACCCAGACUACCGUCAAGAUGAACCUAACAAUUUUGAAGGAGAUAUUGCUCUACUGGAGCUGGAAAAUAGUGUCACAUUGGGCCCCGACCUCCUCCCCAUCUGUCUCCCAGACAAUGAGACUUUCUAUGACAAAGGCCUCAUGGGUUAUGUCAGCGGCUUCGGGAUAACAGAAGAUAAGAUAGCUUACGAUCUCAGGUUUGUCCGACUCCCUGUAGCAGAUCGAGAGGCAUGUCAGAGAUGGCUCCGGAGGAAAAAAAGUAAUGAUGUAUUUUCUCAAAAUAUGUUCUGUUCUGGGGACCCAACUCUAAAGCAGGAUGCUUGCCAGGGAGACAGUGGAAGUGUUUUUUCAGUCAGGGACCGCAAUCGUGAUAUCUGGGUGGCUGCAGGCAUUGUCUCCUGGGGCAUUGGGUGUGGUGAGGGAUACGGCUUCUACACCAAGUUACUGAAUUAUAUUGACUGGAUCAAGAAAGAGAUGGGAGACGAAAACUAAACCCAGCGUUCCCUAGGUCAGAAUACCAUGGUGUAGUGUGUAUAAAAAAAAUUGUUGAUAACCACUAUGAUUCUCGUAUUAAAAUCACAGAUGCAAACAGUGUAUAGAAUAAAUUCUCUUUUCUAUAAUCCCAUCAA